AUGGCUAAUUUGACUGAGUUCGUUCAAAGACCUGAUUUAGGUCGUUUGGGUAAAGGAAUACGUGUUCGUUCCAAUUUUUUUGAAGUAACAUCACUUCCACAAGAAAAUAUUAUUCAUUAUGACGUGACCAUCACUCCUGAUGUACCGCCGGUAUUAAAUAGAAAGAUUUAUGAAGAAUUCGAGAGAGAAAAUCUCAAUUCGACUCUUCAUAGACGCAAGAACAUUUUCGCACCACGCAAUUUACCAUUUGGAGAUGCUGCCACUUUUGAUAUUAAUCUUCCUGAAGAUGAUGGUGUUAUAUCUGCAAAAAGAGCUCCUAGAGCUUUCAAAAUCAAAAUGAAAAAAGCAGGUGAAAUCGUUAUGGAAGAACUUCACCGAUUUCUUGAAGGCCGAGGUCAAUUGACACCAAAUUGCUUAACUGGGAUAAUGGCCCUUGAUGUACUUAUUCGACAUCUUCCCUCAAUGAGACAUGUUACUGUUGGUCGUUCAUUUUUUACACGACAAGGUGCUGUCGCUCUUGCUGGAGGGGCAGAGGUUUGGCAAGGAUAUUAUCAAUCUGCGCGCCCGGCAAAAGGAAAAAUUAUGAUUAAUGUUGACCUAAGUGCAACUGCAUUUUACGAAGCUGGUCCUCUAGUAAUGAUGGUUACAAAAUUGCUAGGUCGUCGAACUCCCGAUGACCUACGUCGAGGAAUUACUGAUAAAGAUCGUAUAAAGAUAGAAAAAGCUUUAAAAAAUUUGAAAGUUAAAGUCAUUCAUCGAGGAGAAGCCACUUCUAGACGUCGUUUCAAGAUUAGUAAAAUUACUGCAACACCAGCAAAUCAAACUAGAUUUGAUGCUGGUGACGGUCAUACUACGGACGUUGCUGAUUACUUUGCUAGAACAUAUAAUCAACGUUUAACUUAUCCACAUCUUCCUUGUAUUGUUGUCCGGAAAGAUAUUUUUCUUCCAUUGGAAGUUUGUGAAGUAAUUGAGGGACAACGUCAUAUUCGCAAACUUAACGAGAAGCAGACAGCUGAUAUGAUUAGAUUUACUUGUCAAGCACCUCAUUUGCGAGCCAACAAAAUUAAGCAAGGUGUGGAUAUUCUAAAUUAUCGUGGUAAUGAAUAUCUUCAACAAUUUGGCUUGGUCGUUUCCAAUGAUAUGGCCGUGGUUCCAGCGCGUGUCCUUCCAACACCCACACUUCAAUACCAUCCUUCUUCCCGGGAAGCUUCUUUCAUUCCACGUGAAGGAUCAUGGAAUUUGAGAGACAAGAAAGUCGCUCAAGGAGCUACUCUUGGUUCAUGGUCGAUUGUUGCUUUUGGAUCUGAUACUGAUUUUCCUCAUCAGUCGAUUCAAGCUUUUGUAAGAGAACUUAUAAUUACUUGUCAAGAUAAUGGAAUGAAUAUUCCAAAUAAGACACCUCCAAUCAUGCAUUCUAAUCCUCAGGGAGAUGUCGAAAGUUCCCUAAAACAAGCAUGGCUUCGUGCCGGUAAUGCAGCUAAAGCACAACCACAAAUGCUCUUAUGUGUCCUUCCGAAUACUGGUGUUCCACUUUAUGCCGAAAUUAAACGAGUUACUGAUACAGUCAUUGGAGUAGCUAGUCAAUGUAUUCAAGGACGACACAUGAUGCAAGCCAAGAAACAAUAUUGUGCGAAUGUAUGUUUGAAAUUAAAUGUUAAACUUGGAGGAAUGAACGUUUAUAUUAGUCCUACACAAAUUCCUUUCAUUUCUGACCGACCAACAAUUUUAAUGGGUGCUGAUAUUUCUCAUCCUGCUCCCGCGGUUUGUGCAUCUUUAGAUGCAAAGGCUUCACGAUACUCUGCAGCAAUACGAGUUCAAACUGGGCGUACUGAAAUUAUUGCAGACUUAGCAGCUAUGGUUAAGGAUCUUUUAAAAAAUUUUUAUCAGACUUGUGGUAGAAAACCCGAAAGAAUUUUAUUUUAUCGCGAUGGUGUUUCCGAAGGUCAAUUUGCUCAAGUUAUGAAUGGAGAAAUUAAAGCAGUGAGAUUGGCAUGCGCAUCGUUGAACGAAUCAUAUCAACCAUACAUCACCUUUGUCGUUGUUCAGAAACGACAUCAUACUCGAUUUUUUCCCGUGGAUAGAAGGGAUUCGGACAGAACAGGAAAUUGCCUUCCUGGAACCGUGAUUGAAUCAACAAUUACUCAUCCGUUUGAAUUCGAUUUUUGCACAUCUAGACCUACUCAUUAUCAUGUUUUAUACGAUGAAAAUGAGUUUUCUACGGAUGGGCUUCAAGCGCUAUCUUAUAAUUUGUGCUAUGUUUACGCACGUUGCACUCUAUAUUACGCCCAUAUUGUUUGUCGACGUGCUAGAUUCCAUUCACGUGCUGAACAAUGGAGCGACACUGAAUCGGCAGAAGAAAAUGGACAAGCUGCAAGUUUUGCUAUAGUAAAACCAGAGUUAUCUAGGACCAUGUAUUUUAUGUAG